ACAACUGCGGUGGGUUUGCAGUAUCAGGACGAGGCUGUCAAGAGCGUCUCUGCUUCAACUUCACGGGAAGAUCUGAGGAAACGCCAGAGAAAAGAGGAAAAACUACCUGAGGAGAGUUUCUGAGGAGUAUCUAGGACAGGAAGAUGGCAGAUUAUAUUCCAAAUUUUGGAAAAAGUCUUUGGUCAUAUUUUUUUGGUUCCACCACCAGUUCUACCACCAAAGAGUCUAAACCUGUUUAUGGUAAAUAUGGAGACAUCAUGAAGGUGGAAACCACAGGAGCUUCGAGGAUAACGGCUCAGCAGGACAAGCUGGAAUACUCAGGUGUGGCCGCUUCAGAAACAAUGGCAAAGAUGGAUGCAGAAAGAAUGAAGGAAUACAAGACAAAGAUCUUGAAUGUGGCAAAAUCCUUUGAUAUUGAUCCAGCCCUCAUUGCUGCCAUCAUCUCCAGAGAGUCGAGGGCAGGAAAUACUAUAAAAGACAAGAAUGGCUGGGGAGACUGGAACCCAAGAAGAAAUAAAUACAACGCCUUUGGACUGAUGCAGGUUGAUGUCAAUCCCGAUGGAGGUGACCACACUCCAGUGGGCGAGUGGGACAGUGAGGAACAUAUUGAACAAGCAACUGGGAUCUUGGUUCGAUAUAUCGAAGAAUUCUCCUCGUGGCCCAAGAAGCAGUGGCUGAAAGGAGGGAUAGCGGCAUACAACGCGGGGCCGGGCGAUGUCAAGUCUUAUGCAAACGUGGACGAGAACACAACAGGCAAAGACUACUCCAACGAUGUUGUUGCAAGAGCAAAGUGGUACAACGAACAUAUCUUUAAGCUAUAUAGCUUUAAGUAG